GCAAAAGCAGCAAAUUAACAGUUUACAUCAGAAGAUAAGGGAGAAUGAAUUACGAGCUCAGCACGCAAGACUGAGCCAUCUUGUGAACUGUGAAGAGCCCUACAUGACUAACUUGCAGCCACCACAGUAUGAGAGUGCAUCAUUGCAGCCUCAGUUUUCGGAGAGGUCAGUGUCACAUCUUGAAGAGCUUGAGCGGAAGAUUGCAGCAGCUGAGAAUAAGGAAUUACAACUCAGUGAAUUUCUUAAGCAAAUUUCAAACAAAUCUAGUGAGGAGAAAAAGAAGAUGGAAGAGAAACUUAAAACUAGAGACCGAUAUAUUAAUAGCUUAAAAAAGAAAUGCCAGAAGGAGUCUGAGCAAAACAAAGAAAAACAGAGGCGAAUCGAAACCUUAGAAAAAUACCUGGCGGACCUGCCAACGCUGGAUGAUAUAGAAGGCCAGACUAAGCAGCUGCAAAUUCUAGAAGAGAAGAACAAGCAACUCCAAGAAACGCUGACCGAGUUAGAAAAGAAGCUCGGAGAGGCCCGAUCACAGUGCAGAGAGAGAGAACUGCAGCUGGUCUGUCAGAAGAAGAAAGAAAAAGAGCUGGUCACAACAGUGCAGAGCUUGCAACAGAAAGUGGAGAAAUGCCUGGAAGAUGGUAUUCGCCUGCCCAUGCUGGACACAAAGCAGCUGCAGAAUGAGAACGAGUGUCUCAAGGAAAAGAAUGAGAAAGCCAGUAAGAUCAUAGACAAUCAACAGAAUCAGAUAGCUGGUCUGAUUUUAGACUUGCAGUCUAUGCAAGAGAAACUUUUGCAAGAAAAGCUGGCAGUUCAGAAGAUGACAGAUGAACUUGAAGAAAAAGAAAAGAAUAUAGAGCGGUUAAAUAAAACUCUCUUUGAAGUAAGUAAAACUCCUUCAAAACCCAACACCAAGCCAGCAGGGAAAGUGCAUUGGUGCAGUCCCGACCUGAAGGCGCUGUGCAGCAUUCUCACCCAGAGGGCGCAGGGCAAGGAGCCCAACCUUUCCUUGCUGCUGGGAAUCCGAUCCCUGAGCUGUUCAGCUGAAGAGAAUGAAAAUUACCACAGCACAGAAACUCUUUCGAAGAAGCUCUUGGAUGUGUGUCAGUUACGCAAGGACAUCGAUGAGUUAAGGACUAUGAUGUCGGACCGCUACGCUCAGGACAUGGGGGACAACUGCAUUACUCAGUGACAACGUUUCAUCUGGCAGCAAAUGACUUAUUAAACGUUGCUGUGUCACAGGUCUUUGCAUUUCUAUUAAGGAGCCAUAUUGGAAGAUUGCAAAUAGAGCUGCACGCGCAGGUCUCUGAGGACUCUGCUGCUUGAUCGUGGGAGCCGGGUGGGGAGGGGAGAGUCAGCGUUUGAGCAGAGUGGUACAAGCUACAAGAAACCUUUCUGCAGACUACUGAAUGUAGGAACAAGCUGUGAAGAAUAUUUCAGUGGGAUGUUUUGUUUCCUGCCCUAGGACUCAU